AUGUCACAGCUUAUUAUCAGCCGCCUACUUAAACCAUCCAUCUCCAGAAAUGUCCUCAGACGCGCAAACGUUCGUCUGUUCUCAUCCACGAGCGCGUCUGACUCGGAUGAUGAUGAAACUACGGGGAACGGGCUUUUCUAUUCCAGAACUCCCUACCCGUUUCUGUUUAUUGACCACAUCCUUAACAAUCCAGACUCUCCGGACGGUCGGGUAAAAAAAUAUUACGACGACGUCGACAAGCUAGGUCGUUCCACGGGAAUCAUCAUCAAUGACAAGACACUCGCGGAAGAGGUAUGUAAUGCGAUGACUGCCGGGUUUUCACGUGAUGGGUUGCAAUUCUGGCGUUACGGAGACAACGGGUUCAGUAUCUCUUACAAGCCCUCUAACCGCAAACUUAAAGACAUGACCGUUUAUCUACCUGACCUACCCACCGGUUCCAAGAUCCAAAGCUUGGCCAUGUCCUCUUUACCUAACCGUGAAAAAGAUUGGGUAGUGGGCGUCACGUUAUCCGGAUCUCGGUUGAGUAUCUGCAGGCCUUUUGGCAGCUGUAAAUGGAUCGACUUCAAAUCCAGGAAUCCGUGUAUGGACCCUCUAUCGUCUCUCAUGUUCUCCAAAAGAUAUAAAAGUUUCUACAUUCCAAGUCCCGGAGGUAACUUCUUGUGCUUUUUGCAAAAACCAUUCGAGGAGCUCGAUUACUGCGACUUGGUAUUUGGCGAUCUUCCGAACUCGGUGUUGCAGGACUCGGCGAAAGUAAGUUCAUGUUCAAGGUCAGACCAUCCUGUGGAGUCACCCACCGGCGACAUUUUCCUCGUCAAGUGGUACAGUGAGGACGUGGAGAGGUACGAGAACAACGAGAGCAAUAUGUCAACACUGACGCGGGAAACAAAAAAGUUCAUGGUGUUUAGACAGGAGGAGACAGAUUCGUGUUAUAUGUAUGAGAAGACUAUGAUCUACACAGAAGACAUUGGAGAUCUUUGCAUUUUUCUUGGACAUAGUGAGGCUUACUGCGUCCCGGCAAGCUCGUCCCCUGGACUCAGGCCUAACUGCAUCUAUUUUGUUGGCCGUAACUUUGGUGUUUACGAUCUCACCACCAAAACUUGCACUACCUUCUACACAGACUUGCCCGCCUACUCUACUUUCCCUAAGCAUCCAUUAAGGAAAACGGAAUUUCCUUACUGGCCUUCUCAAGUUACUCCCUAG